AUGGCAUCAACGGUAAGCCGUGUCUUUACGGCUUUCGGCCCGCCAACAAUAGAGAAGAAGAGCGACGCGAUCAAGUUUGGCAUCUUAGGAGCCGCGAAAAUUGCUCCUCUAGCGCUGAUCACACCGGCCAAGUCACAUCCUGAAGUCAUCGUGCAAGCUGUUGCUGCUAGAGAUCGCGCCCGGGCUGAAGAAUUCGCGAAGAAGCACGGCAUCCCUGAUGUCCGGGGCUCAUAUGAGGAGAUUCUCGACGACCCGAAAAUCGAUGCCGUCUUGAUCCCACUUCCCAACAGUCUGCAUUUCGAGUGGGCUGUUCGCGCUAUUCGCGCUGGGAAGCAUGUUUUGCUUGAGAAACCGUCCACCUCCAACGCAAAUGAAGCCGAAAUCCUCUUUAAUAUGCCGGAAUUGUCUCAACCCAAGGCCCCAGUCUUACUGGAAGCCUUCCAUAAUCGCUUCCACCCUGCAGUUCACCUGUUUCGAUCUUUCAUUAAACCAGCUGAUGUUGUGCACGUGCAUACAGAUUCUAUGGUGCCGUGGGUGAUAACUGCUAAAGAAAACAUUGAGUUCAAUUAUAAUCUCUCUGGUGGUAGCAUGAUGAUGCUUGGAACGUAUAACUUCGGCCUGCUGCGUAUGAUCUUUAACGACGAGCCAGAGAAGUGUCUAGCUUGUGAUACCAGUAUUUUUGGCGAUGGCAUCCACGACAAAUGCGACUACGCUUUCAAGGCCAAAUUCCGCUUCCCUAACGGCGGCAUAGCUGAGGCCAUGACUUCGCUAAGAGGCUCUCUUCUGUGGAAGCCCUCUGAGGCCAGGGUGACAACCAGAGAGAUUGUGAUACCUGACAGCACGCUCCCAUCUACUCAGGAGAAGUUGCUGACUCGACAGGUCACGCUGCACGGAUUCAUCCAUGCCUUUAUCUGGCAUCGCAUCGACGUAAAGGACUCCUAUGUGAUCUGCAACAAGGCCAAUCGCCAGCCGAUCAAGACAUGGGUAGAGUCUAAAUCACACAAAGCCUACACCUACAAGGACGCUGGUGGUGAAUUCACGAGCUUGCCUGGUGAGGAAUGGUGGAUGUCGUAUCGCUAUCAGCUUGAGGAGUUUGUGAAUCGGGUCAAGGGUCGUAAGACGCAGUACUGGGUCGGUGGGGAGGACUCGUUCAACCAGAUGAAGAUGAUUGAUAUGGCCUAUAAGAAGAGUGGACUGGGACUGCGACCGACUAGUUCGUUCCGCUAA